AUGGAAUUAAGUCUGAAUGGUUCACAGAUUAGCCUAGCAACGCGCGAGAAAACCAACACAAAUCACCAGCGGGAGCGCCCGGGGUCGGCACUGCAGCAACACAACCGCCCGUGCUCGGCCGCCGGAGCACACAUCAGGCGGCCUCUGUCUGCGGACAGCACCCAAUAUCACUACCGGAAGCGGCCCACCUCAAGCGGUAGUGGGGGCGAACUUCCACGACAGCCACCGUCGCCGUUCCAUCAGCUUCAGUUUUCGAAGCGUAGCACAUCGUCCUCGAGUUUGCUUCUUAAGAGCCUUCUUGCCGAGCCUAUCCCAAGGUAUUGGGAGUCCAGGGGCGUGGCACGGUCUACGCAAGUUCCCUCAGCACUCGGUUCAUCCAACAGCGUGGAUCGCGUUGGGCAACAGCGAAGACAACAACCACAGCAAGCAACGGCCAGCACGCGGCAGUCGGUGGCCAAAACCAAGUGCCGAAAACGAUCUUCGAACUCCGGUGGCAGCAAGACGAGACAACAGAAAAAGUCCGAACGCAGGAGACCGGUUAGAGAUAGUACGGAAGAGGAAGAACACGAUCAGGACGAGGAGGACACCACCACGGACGACAUGGAGGACACGCAAGAAUCGAACAAUGAGGCAGAACUGGAAGGAAUAUGGAGAGCUAAGCCUUCCACAAAUCGAGAUGAAAAAAAGCGAUCGCCCCCACUUCCGAUGGUUGCACUGCCGCUUAACCGGAAACCGAGCGGAAUGGUAUCCGGCGGUGGUUUGAAGAAGAACAACAAUUCACCAGAGAAACAGAUACGCAAGGUGGAUCUGCCGGGACGGGUUUCCUUCAGCUCGAACGAUCCGUACGAGAUCGAUUAUAGCGAUUUCGAGGAGAACGAGUUUGGUCUCACGAAAGAUGAUCCAUCCAAGCAACCACGCAAAACUAAACCGCCCGCCGGUGUGACAGGAGCAAAGAAAUCGUACUCAAGCGGUAGCAACAAUCUAAGCACGCUGUACGACGAACGAAAGUUUCAGGAGAGUUCAAUGCUGGAGGAAGUUUCCGUACGCUUCGGAGGGGUAAAGUUUGAGGACGAAAUCACCACAAGCUCCGGCUACGAAACCAAGUGCGACGAUGGCAAAUCGACCCUAGGGAAACGUCCUCCAGUGUCGGCGGCAUCUCCAUCACCCGUUUGUGACGUGAGUGAAUCGAACAAGAUCAUUGAGGACUACAAGAAGGAGAUUGAGGAUCUUAACCGGCGGCACGAUAUGGAGCUGCGGAUGGCUGUGGGACGAAGCGCGGUGGACGACGCAUCGGUCGGGUCGAAACCGUACGAUCCGAAAUGUUUCACUCCAUCGGAUACGCCGGAAGACCUAUUUGCGAACUCCACGUCGACCAAGGCACUAGAGAGCACUACCGAGGAUACGGACAUUGAGCUCGAUCGUCCGAUCAGACCUGGGGCGAUGCUGGAGAAGAAUGUGAUCAACGAGUACUACGAGUGCAUCAACGAAAUCAUUACGGAGCAGUCACCAUCAAAGCGCUCCCAGAAUCGGCCAUUACCCACACUGGGCAGAGACAGGACCGGUUGCCACGAUGGCAAAGAGGAUCCCAUUCAGCACAACCUGAACAACGAAUGCACCAAAAGUGGACCGAAAGAGAAACAGUUUGCUAGCUCGUCGGGUGGCAUGUCGCCGGGCAAGGUAAAAUCGCUCGGUAGCAGCACGGACUCCAAGAACCGGCUAGACUCCAGCACAAAUCCGGUCAUCAAGAACUACUUCAAGGUGAAGGAGCAGAACAUUGUCUCGGCGAGUGCGAGUAGCCUGGCGAGUGGCAGCGGUAGUAGCAGCACCACCGGGAGUAAAUCUGGCCACUCGAAAAACACACUCUUGUCGAAAAGUAAAAACGGAAAAGAGAAGCCAAAAUCUGCGGACACGCAUAAAUCUAUCCUACGUAAUGCGAAAAAACAGAAUAACAGCGCCGGUGGAGGUGGAUCAAACGGGAGUCCCGGUUCCGGGGGGAAGUUCUCAUCCGGUCUAUGUCGGGAGGAAAGCAACAUAUCCGAGUUCCACAUGGAUAAAGUCGUCAGUUGGAUGUCGUGUAAUGAAGACACGUUUCCGGUAUGCACGGAAGCGCCAGCUAUGGAGCACGAAGGGAGCGAAGAACAGCAGCGAAAGUGCGGUGCCACGACGUCAACAACUCUUUCACCCAGGGAUGUAACCGACUCGACGGAUCGACCACCAACAUACGCAUCAAGUUACGAGGAACCGACUUGCCAGCGAAUAGAACAGCGUGAGGAAGCUUUAGGUAGUAUACAGUCGAACUACGAUGACGAUUCCGUUCCCAGUGGAAGUGCCAAACAGAAGUCUGAUUUUCAAGCGCUGAAGAAUGAAGUGGAGUACCGGUUGAGCAACAUUCUGGACUGCACGGACUCCCAGGUCAGCUCUGGCUGUGAAGGCGAUCCAUCCUCCGAUCAUCCAACGCAACCGGCAAAGGGCAAGGUAAAGGAUCUCUUCUCGUACCUGGACCAGGUGGAACUCAAGUGUGAAAAGUCAGCCUACAAAGGGGCUACCAGCUCCUCGGGCGGUGUGCUGCCGUCGGAAUCGGAUCGUUCCGAGUUGGAGUUUGCAGCCGAACCGGACUAUAUGGAAGCCGUACCGAAGAUGACGGAUCUUUUAGAAUUACCGCAGCAUCAAUUGGCCCGGCGAGUAAUAAAACUAUCCCUUCGGGCGAACGAGCUCAGCAAUGCCAUGCAGCUGUCAAAGGAUCACAUCGCAACCGUGAAGGCGGACAAGGUGAAGGCGAUACGCACGGAAAAAUGUGCCCUCCUGGGCAAGCUGAAGGAACAGAAGAAGCACUACGAGGACAUCAUCGGUCGUCACCAGGAGUUCAUCGAUCAGCUGAUCAAAGACAAGUCGGGCCUGUGCGAUAAGGUAACACAGCUGACCCGCAGGUUGGACUCACAAAAUCAGAGCUGGGAGCACCGGCUGAAGACGGAACUGGAGCGGGCACGCGAUACUGCCCUGGCGGCGGAGAAGAUCCGUCGCGAAAAGUGGGUCCGGGAAAAUACGAAAAAGAUCAAGGAACUCACCGUAAAAGGGCUUGAGUUGGAGAUCAACAAGAUGACGGCCGCACACCAGAAGGAGAUCGGUGAACUAAAGCGCCAGCACAAGGACGAGAUGGUGUGUGCUUUGGGUGAGCUGAAACUGCAGUACGAGCAGAAGGAGGCCGACGUCCGGCAGGGUUUGACGAAGGAGCGCGAAACUACGCUGGAGCGGGAACGUCAGGCACUGCUGGAGCGAUUCGAUCGACAAGUGAGCGAAGAGCGCAGCAUAUUCGAGCAACAACGGCAGCAUUUGCUAAGCGAGUUCGAUCUGGAAAAGGAACGUCUACAGAAGGAAGCGGCCCGGAAGGCGCAAUACGCCGAAUCACAGCUCGAGGAUCUUAAACGGGAGAACGCGAAAAACCUGGAGUUCGCACAGAAGGAGUACGUGCAGAUGUUGAAACAACGUGAAGCGAAACACCAGGAAGAGCUGACCAAACUGCAGAAGCAGUUCGAGUCCGACUUUGCCAUCUGGAAGCGGGAACACGAACGAAAAUCGAAGGUGGAACUUGAGGAGCGAGAGAACGAGAUCCGCGCACAGUGUCGCACGGAGCGUGAUCAACAGAUCGAUCGUAUCGUGGCGAAGGUGGAUGCCGAGACGCAAAAGUAUCAGCAAGAUUUCGAUGCCAAAAUGAGCCGACUGAAGGAGAAGCACGACGUCGAGCAGAAGGAAGCGGAAGCGGCCGAGGCACUGAUGAAGCAGAAGUAUCAGGACUCACGUGUCAAGCAAGCGGAAGCAGAAGCAACGAUACAGAACAUGAAGGCGACAGCCAAGCAAACGGAACUCCAGCUAAGUCAUGCGAAGAAACUUUGCGACGAUCUGCUGCGCGAGAAGGAAACGAUGCGCGAGGAGGCCCGCAGGGAAGUGCAGAAGGAUAUGGCCAACAUGCAGCGGGAGCGGGAGCGUGAAAUUGAACGAAUUUAUUGUCGAGUUCAACAAGCUAUUGAUAAGAAGGACGCCACAAUUACGACGCUGCAGAAAGAGAUUGCCGGUUUGAAGGAACGCUGCUUGAAGCAGGAUGCCGUUAUUCGCCAACAACGGAUAGACUAUUGCAUCAAGUAG